UACGUUUUUAAGUUAUUCAUGUUUCAAUGUAUAUUUAUUGUGUAUACUGUUGCAGCCGAGGACGAACUAACGUUCGCUGAGUUAACUUGCAAGCCAAGACAGCUAACAGCAUGGACGAACUGGAUGACGCCGCGGUGUCGAUUUUAAGAGCUGCAAACAUCAGUGAGGAAAUGAUGAGCACCCUGUCUCGUGAAGACUUGCGGGAUCUUUUCCCAGGCCCAGAAAACUUCUUACGGAGAAAAGCAGUCUGGUGUGCUUGUCAUGGCGUUUCGGAGGAGGUCAGUUUCUCAGUGACACGGCAUUAACUAGCAAAGUGGUUUUGGAACAGGCAUGGUAACCUACAGGAAUCUGGCCGAGAAGACUCAAAAUCAAUGGGCAGUUCCACUCCUAUUAAUGAGUCACCCCCACCGCAGACAUCCACUCCUGUGAAAAGAUGUCCUGCAAAGUACACAACACCUGAAAAGGUUGUGAAGUUAUCAUUCCCAGAAUAUGUAUUGCACACUGACACCGAACUAGAGCAAGUCCGAAAACAAUACUUUGAGUUGGCGAAGAAAGGUGAAGAGCGCAACUGCCAAAUGUCGAAGGACCUCAGAUGCCGGCUCAUCCGAAACACAAUGACCAGUAUGAUCGCAAUCCUGAGGGCAACGGGGGAUGGAGACAGAUACCCGUCAAAACCAGAAAUUACAGCUAUGGCAAAGAGAAUAGUCCUGUACUACCCCAUGCUGCAGGACCGAGACUUGAACAACAAGAAUACCUGGGUUACUGUGUACUCACAGCUAUUCAAAAGAUUGCAAAACGUGAGAUCCCCCCAAAAGACCAUUCCAGAUGGGAGACAUUCGAAGAGGCGCCGUCUUGAGCAGCCAGGUGACCCAGAUGAAUUUGAUUCAAGUGACUCGACAAUCAUUCUAGAUUGCUCCUCACAAGGGAGUAGCAAUCAAGAUUGCUCUUCACAAGGGAGUAGCACCCCAGACUCGGGCAGCAACGGAAGACCUAACAAACCCACAGACAUUGACACUCCAGACACUGACAGUCCAGCAACUAUGGCCAAGCACUAUAGAACCCUACAGGCUUUGUGUAAAAAGAAAAAUCCAAACCAUGAGUCUGUCUCUCAGCUCCUGGAUUUAGAAUUUGCAGCCAGAAGAGCAUUCAUAGAUUCCGAUUCUGUUCGCGAGGAGGACAGAUAUGAGAAAAUUCUAGAGGCGUAUCCUUGUUUCAAGGACAUUGGCCAUGUGAUGGGGGAGCUUCGACGCAUUCUGGACAAGGAUAACAGCCACUACAUUGAUGAACUGAGGGGAAGAUGGGACAACUUCUGCCAGAAGGUGCAGUUUUUUGGUGCAUGGAAAAAGAUGCUGAAACCCCCAAUGGGAAUGGACAAAGUUGAACAGGCUCUCGGGAUCCUACGUGUGCUACCAUCACUGUUCCCCUCUUCAUCUAUUCCUCCUAAGAAGAUACGAGAUGCGAGUGAGGCUCUGGUGCAUGUCCUCGAGGAAAACGAAGAACCCAAUGCCUACUUGAAGAAGCGCCCUCUCUCCUGUCCAGUCCUGAUUGUGAGUUCGUCCAACUGCCUCCUGGCUGUAGGAGAUGUGCCGAUAACUACAUUCCCAAAAGACAAGGUUACAGAGGGUGCUUUAUACCUUAUGGCCUACUAUUAUGCCCUACACCUUACUUACCCCAAGUGUGUAGCCACUUUGCUUUCUGUCAUACAAACGGAGGUCCUCUUGGACACAAUCCAUGAGCAAGACCUCACACCAUCUUUCAAGAAGGGCAUGGCCGACUGGAAAGCUUUUGUUGGCAAAUAAAGCCAUUGCCAUUGAUUCUUGUUUGGAAUUUAGCCAAGGUAGCCCAAUGUUAAUGUUGCAAUAAUAAGCACUUUGUUGAUGUAUUGAGACACAUUGUUCAGAUGUUCUAUGUUGCUAUUUAACCAAGUUAGCCCAAUGUUAAUGUUAGCCCAAGACCUGUAAUUUGAAAGUUACCAUAAUAAGCACUUUGUAAGUGUACUGAGGGUACACAUGUCAGAUGACUGUGUCUGACUUUAACCCACAAUGUUACACAUAUUUGGCAUGUUCUGUUUUUAUUUUAUUACAGUCCCAUACACACUGUGAGCCAAAACAUAUUGACUGGUGCUCCAGUCAUACACUGCUGUGAAGGUGUCUCCAUGUAAUGCACUAGACUGUCAGAAGUGUAUGUUUACUCCUGCAUUCCACAGAGGUAGAAAGAGGUAAAAAAAAAUGUAUGAAGAGAAAAUAAAACAUUUGUUUGUUUA